GCUGUGCAUACAAAUAAAUGCAUCAUAUGUAUUAUAUCUAUACAUAUAAAUGUUCGAUAGUUCUCACACUAUAUAUAAAGCUUCUUAUUUCAAUAAAGAGAUUAUUCUAAAGUCAGAUUUACGACAGAGCGAACAUAUUACAUUAAAGUGCUAAAUAAACAAAAUUCAACAUGGCCAAAACUACUGGUGCCUUAAUUGUAGUUGCACUUUUUGCAUUUGCCGUCUUAGCAUCUCAUGCAGAACCACAAGAGCGUGUUCGACGAGAGCCAGGUAGACCAGGAAAUAUGCCAAGACCUCGUCCAAUACCAAUUAGACCUAGACCACCACAUCCCCGUCUUCGUCGUGAAGCUGAAGAAAAAAAGGCUUUAGAAAAUUUUGAAGUGGCAGAAGAAACAUUAAGUACUUUGGAGCGUGUUCGACGGGAACCAGGUAAACCAGGAAAUAUGCCUAAACCUCGUCCAAUACCAAUUAAACCUAGACCACCACAUCCACGUCUUCGUCGUGAAGCUGAGGAGGAAGAGGAAAAAAAUUUUGAAGAGGCAGAAGAAUCUCUAUCUACUUUGGAGCGUGUUCGACGAGAACCAGGUAAACCGGGAAAUAUGCCAAGACCUCGUCCGAUACCAAUUAGACCUAGACCACCACAUCCACGUCUUCGUCGUGAAGCUGAAGAAGAAGAAGAAGAGGCUUUAGAAAAUUUUGAAGAAGCAGAAGAAUCUCUAACUACUUUAGAGCGUGUUCGACGAGAACCAGGUAAACCGGGAAAUAUGCCAAGACCUCGUCCGAUACCAAUUAGACCCAGACCACCACAUCCACGUCUUCGUCGUGAAGCCGAAGAAGAAGAUGAAGCUUUAGAAAAUUUUGACGAGGCAGAAGAAUCCUUAAAUACUUUGGAGCGUGUUCGACGAGAGCCAGGUAAACCAGGAAAUAUGCCAAGACCUCGCCCAAUACCAAUUAGACCUAGACCACCACAUCCCCGUCUUCGCCGUGAAGCUGAGGAGGAAGAAAAAGAUGAAGAAUUCAAAAGUUUUGUAGAUGAAGAAGAGUCCUUACUUGCUUUGGAGCGCGUUCGACGGGAGCCAGGUAGACCAGGAAAUAUGCCAAGACCUCGUCCGAUACCAAUUAGACCUAGACCACCACAUCCGCGUCUUUAAAUGGACAUUAUUAUUUCCAUACGUAUUUGAAGAUCUGUAUUACAAGAAGCUGUAAGUUUGUGAAUUGAUUUUAUUCUUUAAAAAAGUUUUACGCUUUUUGAAAACUUAAAAAUGUAAUAUAUUUGUCAGUAUUUAUGGCUCAAUUUUCAACGAAGGUGUAUAUUGUAAAUAUAAUAGAUUAUAAUUAUCAUAUUUUAAAUAUGGUAAAAUAUUUGUAAUAAAAAUUCUUUUAAAAUUUAAUUGAAAAAAUAAUAGAUUAUAAAUUCCAUAUUGUAAAUAUGGUAAAUAUUUGUAAUAAAAAUUCUAUUAAAAUUUAAUUGAAAUAAAAAUAUAUUUAGUGAGAAAAUAA